AUGCAAGUUCUCGCAUUUCAGAAAGAGCUCAAAAUAUCAAGAACUCUCAAUCAACUCUAUAACAUCAUUUCAGGUGUCGAUAUGGAUCCUUUAUCAAUUAGCGCGAGUAUCUCUGGGCUGAUAAGUAUCGUCAAGAAUCUAUCCGGGACUACUUUUAAAUAUGUUAAAUCUGCAAAAGGAGCCUCAGAGGAGAUCAAGCAGCUCGCAGAACAGAUGAUUGUUCUGUUUGGCAUUCUAAAUAGCUUGAGCUUAGUGGCUUCACGAUUCGAUGAUGAGUCACGGACCUCAACCAUUAAGAAAUAUCAUGAAGUUGCUGCGAAACCUCGUCAUCCUGAUAGCGGCCAAUGGUUUUUCACCUGUGAGCCAUUAAAAGAAUGGCUAGCAUCAAAAGGGUCUAAAUUGUGGCUCCAUGGGAUUCCCGGAGCUGGGAAAACAGUGUUAUCGAGUUCUAUUAUCACAUUUAUCGCCACUAAGCUCCAGGGGCUCAAAGAAGACGAGUGUCUAGCAUUUUUCUAUUGUGAUUAUAAAGAUUCUAGGACACAUGAUUCCUUGGUUAUACUUGGUUCUCUAAUCAAGCAGCUCUCUCUAUCCAAUCAGCGUUGCCUCCUGAAACUCGAAAGUUUUUGGAAGCAACAAUGUUCAGAUAAAUUUGGAGGGCAGGAUGCUUUGAAUUCAGCCACCUCAGAACAGCUCUGCAAUCUCAUUAGAGAUAUGUCGAGCUGCGUUGACAAUAUCAACAUAAUCGUUGAUGCUCUGGAUGAGUGCGGUGAUGGACGAUCGAAGGUUGUGGAGCUCCUGUCACAAUUGACCACCGACGAAUAUAACAAUAUCAGAGUCAUUCUCACAUCAAGAGAAGAAUUUGAUAUCGAACAUUACCUGAAAGAUUUCAAAAAGGUGUCCAUUGCCGCGGAUAAAAGCGAUUUGAGGCUCUAUGUCCACGCGGAAUUGAAGAGACGCUUGGAUGACAAUAGCUUGAUCGUUAUCAAGGAGUCCCCCAAACAAGAAAUUGCACAUCGAUUAGUAAACGAUGCUGAAGCAAUCCGAGAAGCCUUGCAAUCUCUACCUCCAACUCUAUUUGGGACUUAUGAGCGAAUUCUCGACCGCGCCAAUAGCAAAAGCAGCGAUACCAAAAGACUGGUUCGCCGUGUACUAGCAUGGACAGUUUGUAGUCCUUUCCCUUUACUUACAGGAGAGCUCUUAGAAGCUAUAGCCAUCAACCUGAACGAUAAUACCUUGAGCCAAGAUUCUAUGGCUAAUGAAAAACAUAUACUUAAAUGUCUGCUUAGCCGAGAAUUUAAGAUACCAGGAGAUAUCAAUGAAUAUGUGAACCAUGCGGGGGAAGAUGGCGCACCGCUCUAUUUAGCAGCCAUUGGAAAGAAAAUCAACACAAGGGUUGAAUGUAUGGAGCUCAUAAUCCGCCAUGGUGCUGAGAUAAAUCUUGUCAGUGGUCCUCAGGGAACCCCUCUCAUGGCCGCAUACUAUCAUGGUGCAUACGAUUCCGUGGUGUAUUUAUUGAAGCAUGGGGCAAGCACCACGUGCAAAAAGCGCGACGGAAUCGAAACCACUGCCAUGCAGGCAGCCUACUUGCACAAGGAUAUAAUACUAUUGCUGCAAAGCUUUCAAGACAACGGGCCAAAGGCUUUGGAGGAGCCAAGAACAGUCAUGAAUGCAAAUAUUCUAAUGCUCGAGUGGUGUAUGUUGAGACUGGAGAAUAAUGAGAAGGAAGCGGAACGAGAAAAUCACCUAAGUCUGUUUGAGGAGGCUUCCUCUCAGCCUUGGUGGACCGAAGAUAUAGAUACACAUGAGGAUUAG